AUGAAUAGAGAAAUGCAAAUUCUCUCCCCAGCAUCAUACCUACGAAACUCAAAUUGGUUGUUUGAGGAAAGCAAGGGGUCGAAAUGGACAGUGGAAGAGAACAAGCAGUUUGAAAAUGCACUGGCCUUGUUCGAUAAGGAUACUCCAGAUCGUUGGUACAAUGUGGCCGCCAUGAUUCCAGGCAAGACGGUGAAUGAUGUGAUCAAACAAUACAGGGAAUUGGAAGAGGAUGUAAGUGAUAUAGAAGCAGGGCUUGUACCAAUUCCAGGGUACACUACCAGUUCUUUCACGCUGGAGUGGGUGAACGAUCAAGGCUUUGAUGGUUUGAGACAAUUCUAUGGUCCAGGCGGAAAGCGGGAUUCAUCAACUCGGGCUUCUGAUCAUGAAAGAAAGAAAGGUGUGCCAUGGACAGAGGAAGAACAUAGGCAAUUUCUGAUGGGGCUUAAAAAGUAUGGUAAAGGGGACUGGAGAAACAUAUCGCGCAAUUUCGUGACCACACGGACACCAACUCAGGUUGCUAGUCAUGCUCAAAAGUACUAUAUCAGGCAGCUUGCCGGAGGGAAGGACAAAAGGAGGUCAAGCAUCCAUGAUAUCACAACCUUCAAUCUCUCGGACACUAAAUCUCCUUCACCAGACAAUAGUAAAUCUCCUUCACCGAAUCUUUCUAUCACGGUUGUUCAGCAGCAGCACAAGGACUUGAAUAUGAAGGGCAUGAACAAUGCUAUAUAUGAUUGGAACUUGCCGAAUCAAGGACCAGCAAUGGCUUUUUAUGGGACUUUUCCAUAUGGACUGGGCCUGCAGGAACAAAAUCUGCACAAAGGCACUCUUCAUGGAACUCAGUUUGGACCUUGCAAUCCCUAUUUUCAAAUGCAAUCCAGACAACAUCAACGACUCCAUUAG